AUGGAAGAUGAAGAAGAAAUUCUUCAAUCAGAGUCCAUCAUUACAACUAUUGUAUCACCAACAACAACCAGUAAUAUUACCACCGCCACUCCAACUUCCAUUCCAACUUCCGCCGCCACCCCAACUUCCACUCAAACUUCUGCGGCCACACCCACAGCCACACCCACAGCCACACCCACAGCCACAUCCACGCCAACAACUACCACUACAACAUCGACCGGCGCCAAACCAUCACCAAUAAGCAACUUCAAUGUACAAUUCCCACCAUCGACUAGACCAAUAUCACCAUCACCUCUAUCUUAUUUAUCAAGUAGCAACAGUAGAAACAGAAGUAACAGUAGUAUAAGCAGCAUUAGCAGUCCAAGCAAUAGCCCCAGACCAACCAACAACAACAACAACAAUAAUAUAUCAUCAUCAAUAAUACCAGAUGUGGACAGCGACAGUGAAGACGAGGUCAUUCACACCUCCUCUAUCGCGACACCUUCACUUCCACCAUUGCGCAACACAACUUUGAAUGGCUCCAAUGACUCUGCGUCAUCGUCGUCGACCCCGCCACUUAUGACUGGCUCAGCGGGAGAGAUCAGACGCGGCAGGCUACCUUCACCAAGGAAAAUAUCCGUUAGUGCCGGCAACGGUUCGCCGGCGAUGAAUUCUGUUCGCGUCGAGCAACUCAAACUUGGCGGCCAGACUCAGGCCCAGCCUCAGACUCAACCUCAAGGUCAAGGUCAACCUCCAUUGGUGACAUCACCACGCAAGGGAUCAUUGAGUAUCAUGUCUGGGUCGGCCACAGCAAAGAAGCCAAUCAAGUUGCCGCCAUUGAUCAGCAGCCAGGGCACGAUGCAGAAGCCGAUUGGCGCGAGCGAGAAGGUCAAGCACUUCCUGGGCAAGAUGUCGCUGAGUAAGGAGCGCAUGGGCAAGCUUGUGCAGCAGACCAAGGAGGUCUACAAGAGCCAGUCGUCGUUCAUCGCCCCGACGCCACUCGAACAGACGACUCCAUUCGAAGGCAUCUUUGGCAUACCAUUGCGAGUCAUCCUUCGCUACAAGAGCGAGCAUGGCAACGCGAUGCCCUCAAUCCUCAACGAUAUAUUCAAUGUGCUCGAGAGCAGCACGGGCCUGGCGCAGGCACACCUCUUCCGCAAUGAGCAACCCCUGCGAGCUUCAGGUGCUGUACAAGACAUCGUGCAGCAGUACAACAGCAAUGCGCAGGCCGUAGUCGACCUCAGCCAAUACCGCGUCGACGUCGUUGCCGAGCUCCUGGUCGAGUUCAUGCAUCAACUACCCGAGCCAAUCAUCAGUUCCGAGUUCUUCGAGACCCUUUUGAACUAUUACCAGACAGAGUCAUUGCUGUUGCUGAUGCUGAGGAAGAUGAACCAGCCAAACAAGUCGAUAUUGUUUAGGUUUAUUAAUUACCUUAGCGAACUGUUGGUGUACAGCUGCUUCAAUGGCACGACGAUGGAGUUGCUGGUCGAUCGCUUGCACACGUAUCUGCUGCGCCCGACUGCGUGCACCGUGUCAGAGGCGCCACUGUCCGAGCAGCACAGGGCGACAGCGCGCGAGAUCUUGACGAUGUUCAUAUCACAGUGUAAUCAUCUGUUCAAGUCGGACGAAGACAAGACACACGAGGAUGCCACCAUACUAUAUGUGGAGCGAGUGCUUGUGGCCAACCCACGAGGCCCCGCCACGCCGGGCACAAUGUGGUUCACACAGCGCCACUUGAUCUGGCACGCCAAGGAUGCGUCGGCAACCACAGCGGCCGCCGAUGCCGCUGCGAAUGGUGCGACAGCAACAACCGAGCUUGUAUUAUUAUUCAGUAGCGUGUUGAAGGUGAUCAUGGCCGCGGCACACACCCGGCGCGAGGCGAUGCCCAGCCUCACGGUGUACUGCAGCAGUGACAUCAAGACCGUCAUCACCUUUAGCUUCCAAGAGCAAAGCACCUGUAAUUUAGUGUACUCAUUCAUUAGCGCCGAGACCAAAAGCAUGGCCAUGGCAUUGGCACUGGCACCGACACGCGCAAGAAGCGCGGCCAGCCGUUUAGACCUGACAGGCAUGGAGCUUGACACCCUACCCAGCGAGUUGAAACAGAUGUCACGCAUGGUCCAGGAGAUACACCUGGAACGCAACCGUUUCCAGGUGUUCCCCGUGGGCGACCUUGCCCGUCUCACCUCUCUAAAGGUCAUCCACAUGGACGAGAAUCAACUCACAGAGAUACUGCCGUUGCAUGCUGACUUUAUUGGAGCGCGACUGACACAUCUCGAGACAUUCAGCGUGCGUCGUAACCAACUGACCGUCCUUCCAUCACUCUCCAAGUGGACCACCCUUUCAACACUCAACAUAUCCAACAACAAUCUUACUGCCCUGCCUCUUGACAUAUUCCAACUACAAUCACUUGAAGUACUUAAAGCAGCUAACAAUCAGUUGGGCGACAUUGGAGUCACAUCUGGCGACUUGGGCGCAUCAUCAAAGUCUCGCCUGAGGUACGUGGACCUGAGCAACAACCAACUUACAAAGAUACCAGAGGCCGUGCUAGCCCUGGCCGAUCAUUUACAGGUGCUCUCACUGCAUGACAACGUGAUCACUGAGCUCUCGCCAGCAAUCCAACGAUUGACUGGUCUGCUCGAACUCAACCUCAACACCAACAAGCUGACAGCGUUGCCGCCCCAGCUGUUGAUGCUAACCAACCUGAAGAAGCUGUUCCUGGACAACAACCAGAUCCAAGCCAUCUCCUCGGCCAUCCACCGUCUGCAGUCUCUAAUCGAGUUGCGAUUGGCCAACAACAACAUCGCGCGUCUGCCUCCUGGCAUUGUUGCGCUCAAUCAUUUGGUCUCCUUGGACAUCAUGGGCAACAAGCCACUGCGCGACAACAUACCCGAGAAAUAUGUGGCCCGCGGCAAGGAGGGCAUAUUCACAUACUUCUCCGAGAUCAUGAGGGCUAACGUGCCCUGCUACCGCACGCGUGUGAUCGUAGUGGGCGAGAAGGCAGCCGGCAAAAGCAGUCUGAUCAAAUGUCUGCGCAAACUUCCAAAGGCAGCCGUGGCAGCACCGUCUCCGACCGACGUGCUCGACAUUCACGACUGGCAGUGCCACCUGCAUAUCGAGGGCGUGGAGGCCAGUCGCAAGAAGAAGCUGGUAACGAUCCAUCUAUGGGAGUUUGAGGGCCUCAAGAAUGAUGUGGGCCACAUCUUCUACGUGCCAAACAUCGUCUACAUGGUGGCAUUUAACAUCGCCACGCUCUUGGCACAGGCCGGCCAGCACGGCAACAGCGAGCACAAUAACAGCCACGAGCAGACACUCAAGUCAUACCUGCAUCUGAUCUACCUCAAGGACCGCAAGGCCGUGGUGUACCUAGCGGGCACUCACCUCGAUCAGUGUCCCAAGAAGAGCGCGGCCGAGAAGACAAUGGAUCGCCUGCUGCUGUACUUCCGCAGCCAGUUCCCCACCCUUCAGAUCUCGAUACACUGCGUGUCUGCGACUCGCAGUGAUGGCGACGGCCUCAGCAGGCUGCGCCGCGAUGUCAAGAACUACGUGGCCAAGCUGCCCAUACUCAAGCAGACGUACCCGGCGGCAUUCAUGUUCCUGGAGGACUACCUGCGUGAGGAGGCCAACCUCAUGUCACCACCAUUGGUCACGCGCAAGCACUUCCUGCAGCUGGCCAAGACGAUGGAGCUGCACAAUGAACCACACUUCACGCAGCUCAAGUCAUUGUUCAACGCGCUGGGCUCGAUCACAUCGUUCGAGCAGUUCAUCCGUCUCGAGCCAGGCUCAGCGCCGACCAAGACCGAGGUGAUCACGCUCAAUCCCAAGUGGAUCGCGCGUGCCAUCGCAUCGCUCCUGGCGCAUGACCCCCAGGCCCUCCCCUCGACCUCAGCUCCAGCACACGACGAUAGCGAAUCGAUUCGUGGUGUGCUCCCGCACAGAAUCCUGCGAUAUGUUUGGGGACCCAACACACAGUACCAUGUUCCUGAGCGCUUCUUCUCGCUCUUCCUGUCGCUGCUCGAGUGCAACGACCUCGCGAUCAAUCUUUACACAAUCAUCACUGAUCACACCACUGCACAGAUCGACCUGAGAAAGCCCUCGAUGGCCAUGGCCGCGAUGGUCAAGUUCACGGCCAACUCAAAGGUGCGCAAUGGACGCUCGAGCUCGUUCAACUCGCGACUGGGUUGGGUGCUGGUCUCAUCGCUGCUGCCUCAGCCCGCGACACCCGUGCGCACUGGCGUGCCAUUCACCUGCGAGGCUGUCUGGGACGCAUACCCCGAGACCCAAGACAUGCUACAAUACACACGUCGCUACAUCUUGGACUUCCUGCCCCACGGACUGUUUGGCCGCCUGCUCUCCAGGCUGAUGCAAGUCUGCCACCUGCUCAAGUGCUGGCAAAAUGUCGCCGUGUUGGUGCCCGAUGAAAAUGUUGACGGCGGUGGCCAGUCUGCCAGCGCCGCGGACGACACACAUGGCGAACGCAUAUUGGUUGUGGUCGAUCCCGCGACCAACACAAUCGAGAUCACGACGCGAGCGUCUGAGGCAUGCUCGGCACUCUCCUUGUACAUCUACAGCAUCACAGACGCGCUCAUCACCAAGUGGUACCGCCUCACUUGUCGCACAUUUGUGGCCUGCUCACAUUGCACAUCACUCAGACUGGCCCAUCCUUACUACUUCAAGCUAGACGAUUGCGAGCGCGCGAUUGUCCGUGGCGAAAAGGACGUAUAUUGCCAGCAACACAAACAAUUACCUGGCGGUGGCAGUGGCAGCAACACACCAGACAUGCCAUCGCCAUCUCUGACAUCCACACAACAGCGCAAGAACUCGUCCAAGAGUAUGAAUGGCAAGCAACACAGCAUGGUGAUUGAGCGAAAGGAGUCAAAGGGUGCGACAGUGUUUGAGCGCAAGGAGUCAACCUCGUCGCUGACAUCGUCCAGCUCCUCGGUGGUUGGCACACAUGUGCCCAGCCUCGACCUGACCAUCCCCAUCCACAUUACAUCUGUGCUGCUCGACCAUGACCUCCUCACGAGCCAGGUCGACGAAAUCGACUUCAACGACGUACAGAUCAUCUCGGACCAGCACGUCGAGUACCUCAUGUCGACGUCGGUCACCACAUCGGUCGGCCGUCUGCACGGCCGCGUCGUCAGCAUCAAACGCUACAACGCCCCGUCCAACAACCCAAUCGACUGUAACAAAGUGCUGUCGAUGUUCCGCCAGGAGGCACUGGCGCUACACAACCUGCGCCAUCCCAACAUUGUGGGCAUCAUUGGUAUAUCGCUCAGUCCCCUGGCCAUCAUCUCGGCCAAUCCCUCGGGUGCCGAGCAAGAGUACGCCACCAUUCUGUCCGAGUACACACAAGAUCGCCAGAAGUACCCUGACAUGUCCUGGCGACACAAGCUCAAGAUUGCCAUUGACAUUGCACAGGCUAUGGAGCCACUGCAACAACUCACACCGCCAUGUCUAGUCACCAACCUUUCCACAUCAUCCAUUCAACUCGAGCGAUCAACCCAAGUUGAAUCGGGUGUCAAGGCCUACCUCUGCGACCUCUCCCAUGUAUCCAUUCUCCCAGCUCUCUUCCCAACAGACAGUAUCAAUCCAAAGUCCUGGCAUGCACCAGAGAUACUCCAAAAGGUGAACUACCAUGAGCUCACUGAUGUAUACUCAUAUGGCAUCAUCUUAUAUGAGUUGUUGACCAGAUCCAUCGCAUUCCAAGACCACGAGCGAUUCUCCUCAAUGGUGAUAAAUGGCCAACGACCAUCAUUGCCACCUGAUUGUUUGCCAUCAUUUGGCGACUUGAUCAAGGAUUGUUGGUCUGGAGAUCCUUUGAACAGACCGCCAUUCUCGGACAUCUUGGACAGACUGGCACAGAUAAAGUCAGAGUUGGAGAGCAAGGACGAUAACUAUAACUUCCUGUCAUCCGACACCAACAUCUACUCCAAGCUGCCACUGCCCAACAGCGGUUCCAUCGUAUACAACGAGCGAAUGUAUCAGUUUGGCGGCUGGAGCGCCAAUGGCAAGCCACACUCUAGCCUGUUCAGCCUCAACCUGGCGACGAUGAUGCUCGAGGAGAAUUUGGCCAACGUGCUGAAGGACCGCACAGGCUCCACGUACAAGGUGUUCUUUGAGCACAUGAAGACCGAGUUCAACGAGGAGAACCUCAUCUUUUACGAGUCGGUUCGCGCCUUUAGCGUCAUGCCCAACACCACCCUAGAGGAGCGCGAGCAGCUCAAGACCGUGGCCAAGCGCAUCUACAAGGUGUUCAUCGAUGACAAUGCCCAUCGUCAGAUCAACAUCCCAGGCAUGCACAAAGCCACCGUCAAGACGACGAUGGACGCCAUCUCUAACAACACGAGUGCCAUCUCGCCGCAGAUGUUUGCAGAGACCAUCAAGUAUGUGAUGGCGUCGAUCGAGGACAGCUUCCACCGCUUCAAGUUCUCGGCAUCGGCCAGCCGCAGCCAGACCUGGCAGAUGGUGCCGUGCCACGGCGUCGCGCCACCUCCCAUGGUCGGCCACACGACCAUCCUCUGGAAUGGCGUCCUGGUAGUCUUUGGCGGCUGGCAUCAAAGCGCGCGCCUUCUCAAUCAGAUCUACCUGCUCAACCUGGAAUCACUUCAAUGGAGCGUGCACAACACAACUGGAGACAUCCCACCAUCAUCGACCGCAGCGCUCAACGCCACGCUGCAUGGCGAUCACCUCCUUGUCUUUUACGAACGUGCUGACUCGCCCAAGCAGCAACUAUUCCGUCUGUCGCUCGAGUCCAUGAUCUGGAUGAUGAUAAGAUUGGAAUAA